AUGACAAUCGUCCACAUCGUCCUCUUCAAAUUCCAGCCAGAAACCUCACCCACCAUCCGCGAGAAAUUUAUCACCGAACUAAAGACCUUAAAAAACCUACAUUGCGUUCAAAGCCAACGCCUCGUCGUCGGCGGACCCUCGAUCACAGAUCCUGCCUCGAAGAGUAAAGGGUUCCAGUAUGCACUGGUGAGCUAUCAUGAAAAUCGCGCUGCAUUAGAUGCGUAUCAAGCCAGUAGUGAGCAUGAGAGGGUGACGCAUACUUAUUUUAUCCCUUAUCGAGAGGAUCUUGUACGGUUUGAUUUCGAGGUUGAGGAGGGGGAUGAGCAUUUGUUGGGAUUUGGAGGGGUUUCUGGAUCUGAAAUAUGA